AGAUUUUUCUAAAUUUUUUCCGCUAAGUGGUUAAAAAGGGGUUGAAAUUUUUUAAAUAUAAAUCGUUUAUCUACAUUAAAGUGGGCGGAUAAUUGUGCCUCUAGUAAAUUUAGAGUUAUGUGAAGUUUUUGUAAAAUGUAUGUUGUUUUGUAUUUAUCAUACAUGCACAACACAUGCCAAAAUAUAAAUAGCAGGGGCUGAAAGUUUACAUAGAUUACCACGCGUGUCCGCUAGUGUCAUCUAUUACAAAUAGUGUUUGUUGGUUGCUUUAGGCUGAAAAACAACCUACUGAAUAUGUAGGAAUCUUGCCAUAAAUAAACCAACUCUUUAUGGUGAUGAAAUAUCUCCGCCAGUUAGAUUUAUAAUGAUGACGGCGUCUAUUCUAGGAAUCGAUUUAAAUUUUUACAAAAUCGAUUUAUUCAAAAAUGAAAAUAAGAGUGAAUAUUUUACAAAGAUAAAUCCACUUCAAAAAGUUCCAGUGCUAAUGGUUGGAGACAUUUCAAUAUGCGAUAGCCAUGCUAUUGCUAUCUACCUUUGCCAUAUAUGUAAUGGCAGUAGUCUCUAUCCAAAUGAACCAUUGCUUAGAGCUAAAAUCAACCAAAUGUUAUUUUUCAAUUCCAGCACUUUAUUUCGGAUUGAUAGUGAAAUAUUGUCUGCUUAUUUUUCUCAACAAUGGCCUGUCAAUGAUAAGAAAAUUGAAGAAUGGUUAUUGGCGCUGGAUUACUUGGAAUAUAAUUUAAAUAAAAAUAUAUGGUUAAACGGCACUAAGAUGUACCUUGCCGAUAUCUGCACAUUUCCUGUGGUCACAUCAAUGGCACAAUUAUUUGUACUAACAGAUCGUCAUCCUAAAGUAAGACAGUGGAUAAAAAAGUUUGAGAACUAUCCAUUUUACGAGAUAAAUAAGAAAGGUUUGUCUGAUUUGCAGAACUUUAUUGACGUGAUAAAGAAUGGUAAAAGUUAAUUUUUUGUUGAUGUUUAUAUUAAAAUAAUAGACCAACUUUUAAUAUUUUUUUUAUUACAUG